AUGACCACUCAAAAAAAAGAACACAUCGCCCGGGACCUCCUCUCGCGUGCCCACUCCCCCGACACCGCCGACCAGCUCUUCACAGAACGCAUCAAGCAAAAGCCCCUGUACCUCCGACCAACCUCGCCCACCCCAGAAGACAACCGCUCCCGACGGCGUCUCCAUCGUCUCCGCAAGAAAGAAUACUUCCUCCGGAAGCAAAAGCCGCGUCCGCUGUCGGCGCGCGAAAAGCGAGCCUCGGGCCUCUACGACCUCCCCAAGGAAGAAUGCAAGUACGCCAUCUUCAAAGAACUCCACACGAUGUGGGUGGGUUAUAUGCAGGAAAUCCUCGACAUGAAGAUCCGACCUCCCGCGGAAAUUAAUGUGUCAGCGUUGUCGCAUGGGAGUAAACUGGUCAGCGCUGAUUUCCACGGGGCCUGCGUCGAGGUGGUGCGGAGUCGGUGCGCGGGGCGGGUCGGUGUGAAGGGGAUUGUGGUUCGGGAUACGAAGUUCACCUUCGUGGUCGUUACGGAGAAGGAUGAAGUGAAAACAAUUCCCAAAGAGCAGACCAUCUUCCGGUUUUCAGUGCCCUUUCCUGGGACGGAGGCGAGCCAGGAUCCCGAGGGAGACGGCAACAAGAAGACUAGGGAGCUCGUUUUUGAACUUCACGGCAGCCAGUUUGAGAAUCGCCCGGUCGACCGGGCAAACAAGAAGUUCAAAUGGCGGAAUGUCGAUUACCUCUAG